AUGGCUUGCACUAUUACGCUCAAUCUACGAGAGUCUGCAACAGAGUUGGAGAAAGUAUCGCAUCCCUCCCAUGAUGUCUGGUUCAAGAGCCUGGCGCGGCUGCGCGACGUAGGCCUGGAUAUACCAGGUACUCCGACCCGCGAUUAUAACCAGAAGAUUGCAGAGUACAGCUACUGCUGUGUGGACCAGGAGAACCCUCAGAAAGUGAUUUAUCUUUACCGUGAGUCUGCAACUUAUGUACAAGUCUACACGGCUCUAACAACCUCAGCACAAUGCCCGGAUGAAAAGUUCCAACGCAUCCAGGCCGAGUGUUCGUCUGAGACCUCGACUCUGAACCGCCUACUCUCACCCCUCCUGCAACUCCCCAUUUUGAGAGAGUCUAGUCUUAGACUACCCAAUGACAUCAAACUCAUCUAUCCGGGCGCAGACUCCGGUCCUAAGUGCCUGGAAUUCAUCACCUUUUUGUGUCCCAAGCGUCCUAUGAUGCUGUACCCAUUCCUUGAGCCCCACUGGCCUGGAGCGUCGUGUGCGGGGUUGGCACACGUCCCCGUCAGGUCGUUCUCAACUACGACUAUCGAGUCAUCCAAAGGAGAGAAAAUUCUGUUCUGCUGCAUCGAGUGGAAGAGCCUUCAGGAUCGGGCAAUUUUAUUUGCCGAUACAUCUUUGAGAAAGGGGAUGAAGACUGCCAAUGCAGAGCACCGAGCGGCUGUCAUUCAAGCACUCGGAAAGGCAGAGGAUGACUUGACCUGGGAAGAAGAUCUCCAGGUUUUUUGGGAAAGCACCGGCGCGACCAAUAUCCAGUGUCAGUUUCUAACCGGAGUCUGGGUGAGUGAGGCCUAUUUGGGCUUGGGGAAAGAUGAAGCCAAAAAGCGGCGGCGAUGUGUGAUCUUGUAG